CCCACUACCCAGAUGUUCUGAGGGCUCCCGGAGCUGAGGAAUGGAAGGACACAGGCCAGUUGUGGGCUAUAUGUGAAGCAAAGGACACAGGUGGUAUGGCGUUCCUCUCAUCGACACUUCACAGCCUGGGAAUCUUUGAAAAGAUUUCCGGGAUAAAAGAGGUUCUCAAGAAGAGGCUGCUGGACCUCACACAGCGUCAGGACCAAGCAGGAAGGCAACAAAGGAAGCCGCCCCGGCCCCACACCAUCAUACAGGGGCUCCUACACUGGGGUCUUCCAGUUUCCUGGAAUCGGUUUCUGUGGCGCCAGCCAGGGGAGUUUCCAGCAACUGCUUUCCUGCUAGGAGCAGGCACUGGUGGGCUCCUGGCCAUAGGUCUCUUUCAGCUCUUGGUGAACCCCAUGAACAUUUAUGAGGAGCAGAAGGUGGUGGCGUUGUAUGGCUUGACAAGCUUGGGGGCCAUAGGCUGGGGGACCUCCCCUCACAUCCGCUGUGCCAGUCUCCUGGUGAUACCCAAGAUGCUGGGCAAAGAAGGCAGACUCUUUGUCAUGGGAUAUGCUUUGGCUGCUAUUUACAAUGGGCCGGUGGCCAAUCUAAGGUCCAACAUCAACGAGGUGAUAGCAUCCCUGGGCUGCACGGUGGAGCUGCAGAUCAACAACACCCGAUCCGCCUGGCGUGUCUCCACAGCCCCUUUGCGGGCAGUGUUCAAGGGCAUGGUGGGCAGCAAGAAAUCAUUGAAUAAAGAGAUUCAGAAUGUCACUGUCUCCUUUGAGGAACUGGAUAACCAGAUGAAGAGUGACAUUGGCUACUCAUCUGAGGACAAGAACAUGAACAUAGAAGAGUCAGAGGUUUUUAGAAGCUCCCGAGCCCCACCCUACAUGUCCACACAGAUGGUGUAUGAGCUGAAGACCAAGCUACGUUGCACCCAUGUGGUAAAUAGGGCCAUAUUCAGCUGCUACCUCUGGUUCGAUAAAAAGUAUCGACAGUGCAAGAAACACUUCCGGAUCCCACUCAUAAACAACCUGCUCUGCCUGCCAUUGAAGUUCAACUUCUUCUGUUACAUUGCCAAGGUGAUGGAGAUCUGGUGUUACAAACGCAUCCCUGUAGAAGGCAAUUUUGGGCAAACCUUUGACUCAGUCAACCGGUCUAUUUAUGGUCUGUCUGGAGAAUUUUCAGCCAAUAUUGACCUUAAGGAGAAGAAUCAGUCUUCAAUGCUGGGUCUUGACAGCUCGAACUUCGAGCACAUGAGCGUGGAGGUGCGGGACUAUGUUCGCCAGCAGGAGACCUAUCUGCACUGGGCUUUGGGGCUGCUGCAUGUGCUCCUGUCCUGUACCUUCCUGCUGGUCUUCCAUUCAGCUUUCUCCUACAUGGAUAACUACAACUGGGACAUCCGAUUUGACAACAUCUACAUCAGUACCUACUUCUAUCAGAUUGAUGCACGCAGAAAGAAGCUGGGCAAACAGAGUCUGCUACCACUCCGAAAGGCAGAAAAGAAAACUGUUAUCUUCCCUUUCAAGACUGUUAUCCAGGCCUUAGAAAUGCGCAAUCUGAUAAGGGAGCUCCUAGAGACACUGCCUAUCAUGCUGCUGCUUCUGGUGCUCUGCGCGAUCGACUGGGCACUCUACUCCGUCUUUGACACCAUCAGCCACUACUCCUUCCUGGAGUACUCCUUUCGCAGCAGUCACAAACUGGAGGUAAAUGUCGAAGGAGACUCCAUACUCGCCAAGCUUCUUCGAAACACCAUCGGAGCUCUGAACACCUCCUCGGAUACACAAGUGGAAACAAACAACAUUCCCUGCCUGCCCCAACCCGUGGGCCUGGAUGCCAAGGAUUACUUUGAAGCCUCACUGCCAACCUUCUUGCUUAUGUGUCUCUGCCUAGCUCAGGCCUUUGGCUACCGACUCCGGAGAGUCAUCGCGGCCUUCUAUUUCCCCAAGCGAGAGAAGAAGCGGGUUCUGUUCUUCUACAAUGAGUUCCUGAGGAAGAGAUCAGCUUUCUCUAAACUGAGGAGGGCCGCCAUUAUUCGGCAGGCACGUCAGCAGAGGGCUCCACGCCACUACCUGGUGGAAGCUCUGUACCGCCGGUGCCCUCUAUUGAGCCGCUUUAUGGGUCCGCGCUGCGUGGUGUGCCAAGCACUGGAGACGCCCGAGUCCUACGUGUGCCCCACGCCGGACUGCAAGGCCCUGUAUUGCCGGUCGUGCUGGGACGACAUGCAACGGCACUGCCCGGUGUGCUCGCCCCCCGAGGAGCUCUCUUCAUCCGCCCACAGCGACAGCAACGACGACGCUGUAUAUGGCGAAUGAAGGGAUGCUGCCCGCUUUCUUGCUUAAUAAAAAGUGUGAUGCAA